UCAACGAGUGUCAAAAGCAGUCUCCGCGCUCAUCCUAUCGCACGCACGUAAUCACGCUUGUCUCUUGUGAAACGCAAAAGUUUUCAAUGUUUCGCACAAAUUCUAGUUUAAAUUGAAUGUAAGUCCGUGCGUAAAAAGUGUAAUUGUAAGCUAAAAGAUGGCAUUUGUUAUCCGCUUCGCAAAAGGGGUGCGGAAUCACUGGAAAAAGUCGACGUUCCUGGCGGGUGCCGUAGCGUACGGAGUGUCGUACUAUCACGAGAAGUAUGAAAUCAAACAGCUCAUGCGCCACUACUGCGCUGAAGCAUCCAAAUAUGGCGAUGUCAUAGUUGGCAAAAACCAAAGGCUUCAAAAGGUCCUGGUUCUCCUUAACCCCGCUGCCAAUCGGAAAUCUUGCGAGGAAGAUUUCCACGACUACUGCGAACCGAUUCUGCACCUGGCCGGCUUCGAGGUGGACAUCGUCAAAACCGAUUCCGAGGGACACGCCCGCCGUUAUCUGGAAGAGCUGGCCACACUGCCGGAUGCGAUCGUGGUGGCCGGUGGCGAUGGAACCGUAUCCGAGGUGGUAUCCGGUCUGAAACGACGCGGCGAUGGAGCCGAAUGUCCGAUCGGGGUGCUUCCGGUGGGCCGAACCAACGGAUUGGCUUCGGCACUGUUCCGGUCUAGUGAGGACACUUCGACGCUGGAGGACGUCCGGGCAAUGGCCAACGCGGCCUAUGCGGUCGUGGCCGGGAAGAAGGAGAAAAUGGAUCUGAUGAAGAUCGAAGUGCUGCCCAACGAGGUCGAUGAGAAAGUUCCGGAGAAGCCGGUCUAUGCCGUGGCGAGUCUUCAGUGGGGAGCCUUCCGGGAUAUAUUGGCGUUGAGAGAUAAGUACUGGUACACAGGGUCUUUGCGGGAUUACACGGCAUUCCUGUUCAAUGUGUUCGAUGGGAAGCACACUUGGAACUGUAAAGCAAAGGUGACCUACACGGAACCUUGUCAGGGUUGUAGCAAAUGUUACAAGGAACAUCAGCAGCAGCCAAAGCAGGAACCGGCAAGGCGAUGGUGGUCGGUAUUUCUUCCCAGGGAUAAGGCCGCACAAGGCGUGGACUACUCCAAGGUCGUCAACGAAAAAUGCUCCGUCCCCUAUGAGUUGGAAGUGGACGCAGCAGAACUUGUUCUUCAGACGACGAACACCGAAGUUACUGGUCAAAAGGAAGACAACUCUAAGCUGGCCGUGAAGGUUGGAACUCCGGUGGAUUCAGUUUUCACUUUCCUAAGUGACAGCUGGUCUCGGAUAUGGAACCGGAAGUUUGCUAACUGCCCAACGGAGAAGGUCCUGGAGGCUCGGACGGUGUAUUUAAUUCCGGAGAAACUGAAGGCCAAUGAGGGGGACAGUGAGGCGUACUAUUCCAUCGACAGUGAAGCAUACGAAGUGAGACCCGUCCGGGUCACGCUGGUUCCAAGGGCAGUGGAAGUUUUCACGUUUUAAGGGAGCUAUGGAUGUCUGGUAAAAUAAAAAGUAAACCACA